AUGACAGAGGCAAACGAACAGCACCAUGUGACCACCAGUACCUCCAAAGGCUAUCGUGAUCCUGUGCUCCAUAGUUGGGAAAAUGUCGAACUCACCAAUAAUUUGUAUAUUAUGGGUUCGAGUACCAGCAUUCAGUCAGGAUGGCGUCGUGCCUUCUGGAAUGAUUAUGGUGCUGGUGUGACGGAUAUCCUACUGAUGGGGCAUGCGAGUAGUACGUCUUCGCGUAAAUCCGCUUUGCGUCUCUUGAAAAGUGAGAUCUAUUAA